CAAAUACGUCUCUCUGAGCAAGGAAUUGAAGAUACUUCUUCAAUCAUCAGAUUGAAAAUUUUUGGAAAAGGUGCAAUCACUAGAAAGGCAGCUAAGAAAAGAUCAUCAAAGAUUGAUAACAUCAUAUGGGAUAGAAGUGAGGAGAUUGCAAAUGCUCAAGUUCAUUUGACUUACAGUGAAUUUCUGGCAAAGAUCAAUAUAAAGAUAAAUCUUAUUGAUGAUAUUAUAAAUUCUGAAGGAAAAAAAGGGAAAUGUCAUAAUGAUUAUGAUGUCUCAUUUAAUGAGUUUAUUGACAGAAGUUCUGAAGAAAUGGAAACAGGGACAACAGCAGUGGAGAGUGGCAAUGACAAACCUGUGGAGAUGGCUCUUGAAACAAUGGCCUUGAAUUUGAGGAUGGUGAAAACAGAUAUUGACCUAGAAAGCAUUGCAGAUGAGCUGCAAUAUACACCAAAGGAUGAG